UCCUCUAGUAGCAGUGAUCAGUUCUCAGCUCGCACUACCUAAGCCGCACAUACUGCGCUCGCGGAUAAUAAACCUCCCUGUGCCAGGACAACCGCGAUUGUUUUGGAGUUUACGAAGAAAGAUUUACACAUCUGGUAUGGCAUGAGGGUAUCAAAAUUGAUGUGUUGAGAUCCUGGUAUCCCGUGACAUCUGUUCAUUCUCUAGACAGACAGACAGACAGACAGACAGAGUGGAGCGAUGUGACGGUUGGAUCUUUCCUUACUUCUGGAUUUUUGCCAUGAUGGACCUCAAAAUCGAAAACUGAAUCUUCUCUGCACAAGCAGACACAAUGGUCCUCGUUUUAUUCCUUCUAACAACUAAACUACCAGAUCUAAGCAAUUCGACAGAACCAAAUGAAAGCUCGAAGCUGUCCACAGUACAUAUCCUGACCAUACUGCUGGGGAUCACCGUCUUAGUUCUUUUUCUUGGGCUACUGACCUGGUAUUACCUCAGGUUGAAAAACCAGAGGAAAGCUGUCAUCACAGCUGUCGACAAGAAAGUACCAAAUGGCAUCCUGGAAGAGCAAGAACAACAGACGGUGGUCUUACUGCCGAGAUCCCCUUCCACUUCCAAAACGUAUUUCCCAAUCCCUGUAGACAACCUGGAGGAAGAGUAUCGGAUACGCUCCGCCGAUGAUGGGAAGCUUUUUAGAGAAGAGUACAACUCAAUACCAGGAGGUUCAAUCCAAGGAACAUGUGAAGAGGCCAAUAAAGAGCAAAACAAGGAGAAGAACAGAUAUCCAAACAUACUACCAUAUGAUCAUUCCAGAGUGGUUCUUACACCAAUCGAUGUGGUCCCGGGUUCAGAUUAUGUUAAUGCAUCAUAUAUUGAUGGUUAUACAGAUACAAAUAAAUUCAUUGCAGCACAAGGUCCGAAGCAGGAAACGGUGGCAGAUUUCUGGAGAAUGAUUUGGGAACAGAAAUCAGCCACAAUUGUAAUGCUAACCAAUCUGAAGGAGAGAAAAGAGGAUAAGUGUUAUCAGUAUUGGCCUGAUCAGGGAUGCUGGACGUAUGGUAGUGUGCGUGUUGCUGUAGAAGACUUCACUGUACUGGUGGACUACACCAUACGCAAGUUCUGUGUGCAGUAUCAGGCCAGUGAUGGCUCAAAAAACCCCCGUCUUGUCACACAGCUCCACUUCACCAGCUGGCCUGACUUCGGCGUCCCCUUCUCCCCCAUUGGCAUGCUCAAGUUCCUGAAGAAAGUGAAGCAGGUGAAUCCCUCGUACGCUGGGCCCAUCGUGGUGCACUGCAGUGCUGGGGUGGGCAGGACAGGAACUUUCAUAGUCAUCGAUGCUAUGAUUGACAUGAUGUACACAGAACAGAAGGUGGACGUGUUCGGUUUCGUGUCACGGAUACGAGAGCAAAGAUCACAGCUCAUUCAGACAGACUUACAGUACUCAUUUAUCUAUCAAGCUCUGCUGGAGUAUUUCCUAUAUGGAGACACAGAGCUGGACGUGUCUUCUCUAGAGGGACACCUGGAUAAACUGCACAACACCUGUGCUCCACUGGACCGUGUGGGCCUGGAGGAGGAGUUUAAGAAACUGACGAACAUGCGCAUCAUGAAGGAAAACAUGAGGACGGGCAACCUGCCGGCCAACAUGAAGAAAAACAGAGUGCUUCAGAUUAUCCCAUAUGACUUCAACAGAGUAAUAUUAUCUAUGAAAAGAGGUCAAGAGUUCACUGAUUAUAUCAACGCAUCUUUCAUUGAUGGGUACCGGCAGAAGGACUAUUAUAUCGCCACCCAGGGUCCUCUGUCACACACAGUGGAUGAUUUCUGGAGGAUGGUGUGGGAAUGGAAGUGUCACUCAAUCGUCAUGUUGACAGAACUGCAUGAGAGAGAUCAGGACAAGUGUUUUCAGUACUGGCCUUCUGAAGACUCGGUGACGUACGGGGAGUUCACCGUGGAGAUUAAAGCAGACACAUUGUGUGACACGUUCAGUCUCAGAGAUCUAGUGCUCUCAUACGGCCCAGAUAAACAGACACGUUCGGUGCGGCACUUUCAUUUCCACGGCUGGCCAGAGAUCGGAAUCCCGGCUGAAGGUAAAGGAAUGAUUGACAUCAUUGCAUCAGUACAGAAACAACAGCAACAGUCGGGCAACCACCCCAUAAUCGUGCACUGCAGUGCGGGAGCGGGUCGGACCGGUACGUUUGUCGCUCUCAGUAAUAUUCUGGAGCGAGUGAAAGCCGAAGGUUUGCUGGACGUGUUUCAGACGGUGAAAAGUUUACGAAUGCAGCGGCCACACAUGGUGCAGACAGUGGAACAGUACGACUUCUGCUACAGAGUGGUACAGGACUUUGUCGACAUUUUCUCAGACUAUGCCAAUUUUAAAUGAUCUAAUCUGCCUUAAAUGUUUGAGUUGUUGGAUGCUUUUUUUACACGCCGGUCGAUCAGGAUUUUACACCGCGACUGGAAGAUAAUUACGCUCUAUUUUGCUAUGCACUUCUCCUCGAUGUUACUAAAAGACCAUAUCUAUCUGUAAUAUACUGUACUAAGGCUACUAAAGUUUAAAAGUAAGUUCUGCGUCCUUUAUAACAUAUUCAUACGUUUUGUUUUGGUCUUCAAUUGCCUCUCUUACGAUGGAUCAUUCCCAUUUCUGUUAUUAUUGUAAAAUAGCGUUUGUCUUUGUUUGUAAAACUAAUUAUUAUAAAAAAAAUUUAAUAAGUGACUCAUGUAGAGUUUGAAAAGCUGUAGGUGUUAUGUAUAUAUGCGCUGUUGCAGACAGGACAUCCUGCGAGAUAAAGUGUUUACGUGAAUGUUUUGUGCGAUUUGUAUUUAUUCAGAGUUAUUGUCUUACAUUUUAUGAGAUAUCAUUGUGUCAAAAAGCUGUUUUUGUUCCUUUCUUUUACAUUGUGCCCGUCAGCCAUUACAAAUGUGAACAUUUUUGACUUUUUUUGGUUUCAAAGCAGCAAAUAUACUCCUCAAAUGAAAAGACUAAAUGAGAUUAUUUAAAUUUUACAUGAUAUGGCUAAUGCAUUGUUGGUAAGAAAGGCACAAACACAUUUUCAUGUAACAUCAGCAAGAAUUUACAUUGAAAGAAGAACAACUGUAUGAGUGUCAUGACCUUUGACCUUAAACGUCCAGCCUCUGUUUCCCUGAGAAUGAUACUGAGAAAAUCAGCACAGGUUUUGAAAGCACAUAUCACUGAUUGUUGCCAAGGAUUUACAAAUAAAUGAACAAAUGCAUUAUG